UGACGGAAGGAUGAUGAAUCACUGCAGUGGUAGCUCGACACCUGUAACCCAAACAUGGUGUUCGUCCGCUUCCUCCACGUCUCCUCCUCCAGCAGCAGCAGCUGUAGCAAGUAGUACACCUCACCUCCUCCUCCUCCUCCUCCUGCGUCGCCGCCUCGCACUCGCAGGUUUUCGCUGCGGCGAAGCAACCAACCAAUCCCCAAAGAGAGCGAGAGAAGAAGCGAAGAGGAAAGUCUCAGGACCGAGAGAGAUAGGCGAAAUCCCGCUGAUCGAGUUCGCGUUCUUGGGAAAUUUUUCUGGGAGUUCUUCGAAGAAUCCGCCACUGACCACGACGACGGAUUGGAGGCGUGGAGUGCCAAAGAUUCGCUAGAUCGGGGGGCCUCUUCCUAGUAGGUUUUGGUUCAAGAUCGAGAGGAAGCAGUUUGUGAGGGUUUCCGGUGCCCGAUACUUUUUUUUUUCCGGAAGCUUCGGCGGCGGCGGCGGUGGUGUUGAUGCGCUGCGUCUCCGGCGCCACUGCUGCGGUCGGCGGCGCCGGUGGAGAUUGCAGCGACUCAGAUCGCGGCGGUGCCGUGCCGGGGUUUCAGUUUCAUCUGCUGUGGCUGUGGUUGGGGAUCGGUGGUGGGGAGUGAGCAGAUGGAAGAGGAUUGCACGUACUGUUCAUGCCACCACUUGGAUUCUCCUCAAAUUAGAGAGUAAUCAAGAGCAAUCUGGUGUUUCUGAGAGCUGGAUCGCUCCAAGCAGUCACAGAAUCGGGAGAUUUUUUUGUUUAGGUCUAGAUGUAGUAUUUUGUGUUUUGAGGAUUGAUUUGUGCAUCUGAGUGUUUGGAAAUCGGGGUUACGGCGCACCGGCCUCGCGCAGUUGCCGGCGCUGGGGAUGAUAUGCUAGAGAGGGGAUAUGUUGCAUGAGAAAGAAUUCAAGCAUUUGUUGGGAGAAUCUGUUGAGCUGCUUUGCUGGGGAUUCAGUUUUGUGAUUGAUCUUCCAGGAGGGGCACAAUGUCCAGGUGUUUCCCAUUCCCGCCGCCUGGGUAUGAGGCGAAGCCUAGGAGUGAGCAUAAUGAUCUGCUAAAGAAGGGAAAACACAAGGAGAAGAAGCACAAAAAGGAAAGUAAGGAAAGGAGAGGACGAGAAAGAAAAGAAAAGAAUAGCGAUCGUAGGAAAGAUAAGCACAGCAAGAAGCACAAAAGAGAGAAGCACAAAGAUAAGAGAAAGAACAAGGAUGAUGAUAGAUACACAAAUCAAACUUUGGAAAAAGCAACUCUGAGGAAUGCAGAUCUCGACAAUGGAAGGCUUAAAGAAAAAAUACAACACGAAGCUGUCAAAGAUAUUAAACCUGCAAAUGAGUUGGUUACCCAAAUCCUAGAUCAAGAAGGUCAUGCAAACCACACAAGCAGUAGUACUGGCAAGUUGCUCCCUAGUACCAAAAGCUUUGGUUCUGCAGGUUCUAAAGGGAAGAAAAGAUCUUUGAGCAGUGUGAUUGAGAAAUCCAGACAACCCACACAUCUCAAUCAUGAGAUGAUAGAGAAGAAAUAUAGUGUUGCUUAUGACUGUGCUAGCCUUGGGUCUAAACCUCGAUUACAGAAUGGGAGGAGCCUUCAAGUUGGAUCUGCCGAAAAGCACUCGAAUACAAAUAGAAAGCACAGUCAUAACAGAAUGGACCGACCACAAAGAAAUACUGAAGGUACAAGUACUAUUACCACGGUUGUAUCAGGUGCAGAGAGGGCUCCAAAUGGCGUAGUUACACCAAGUCCAAAUUCCUUGCUGAGAACAGAACAAGUGGGCCAAGAUCCAGUGGUUUCUUCCCAUUUUCCUUCUAGAAAUAGUGACAGCAUGAGCCCCAGAGGGCUGAUGGAGAUCAGGAAUGGAAAUAAUAGCGAUUUCCAGAUCAGAAUGGAUCGGCAAUCAGUACGCAGUAAAGCUGGAGCAGUUAAAAGGAAGGGAAAGACUAAAGAGCUGAAAAGUAAUGAUCACAAGUAUGUUGAAGACAAAGAUAGGGAUCGGCUUGCAAAUGAAAGAAAGACUAAAGACAGAAUUGAAGAGAAAGAAAAGGUGGGAAAAGUUGUUGUAAGUAAGCAGGAAUGCAAAGAACUUGAUUCUCUUGGCGCAAGCAAGAAUAAGAUAGAUGGUUUGCAGCGGCAGUUGGGUCAACUUAAUGAGGAGUUCACUUCUGAUGAUGUCAAGAAAAGGAAAGAUGCCGAGGCUAACAGUUCUCUACUUGUGGCAGAGCAUAGUAUGCGAAUGAAUAAGUUGCCAAGGAUAUCUCCUACUGAUCCUCGUACAAAUGGUGAAAUAUUGGACUAUUCUCAAGGGAGUGGACCUAGUUCACCUGUUGGGACGAAUACUUAUAAGGCAGAUAGAUUUCAAGAUAGCAAGGAAUGCUACAAUAACGGCGUCACUGGUUCUCAUCAUCUCAAGGAACUGAAAACUUCGGUUUCUUCAUCCAACCAUGGAAGUAGCCAAGUCUCUCCGAAACCGCCUCAUCCUGAUGCCAAGUAUCUGGGCCAAGUGUACUCUAUACCAGCAAUGGAUGACUGGUCUAAGUGCAUUGAUCAAAGCUGGCUAUUGUCCAGGGGUAGUGUUGACUGGAAAUCAGAGAUAUUGGAGGCUGCAGAAUCACCCCGAGUCUGGGCUGAAGCGCGACUGAUCGAUUCCGCAGACGUAGUUGCCUUGCCUUACGUUGUUCCCCUAUAAUAAUGUGGUACUCCCAUCAUGAUGCACAUGGCGAAAAACUUCCAGAUUUUGUGAUGUGAUCUGGAACUCGCCUGUUCGGUUUGCUUCCUGCUGGCUGUACACAUGAGGUCAUUCAAAAUAAUUCUAAAUUCCCAUCGCAUCGCCUAACGAAGAUCGAAGAUCAGAGUGUUAUACAUCAAACAACUUCUCAGCUGGGAGUGUUACUCCUGCAUUGCUCUACAAUUUUUGGGUCAUGUAAUUUGAUCUUUCACAGAAUCUAUAGCGAGGUAAGAAAGCGAAACCGGCGCCGCAAAAUAUCUUGAAACUCUGCUUGUUCAUAUCCUGUUCUUCUGAUUAAAGAACAGCUUAGCUUGAGAUUGUUCUGUUCACUUGCAAUUUGCAGGAGUAACAAACGCUUAUUUUUGCAUUUCUGUAUCUUACUAUCCUUUCUACAUAAAUACUGUGAUUAUCUGAACAAGAUUCCACGAUGGAGUGUCUGGACU